AUGUCUUCCUCCCUUGCUAUUGAAGCUUUAAAUAGUAUCCAACUAAAAGAAUUAAUAGAUAACAGAAAAUCAUAUACAAAAACUUACAGAGCUGAUGAGAGUGCUGUUAAAUAUGUGAAAAGUAUGACUAAUGAGAAUAUGAAAGAAGACAACGAAGUGGAAGUUAGUUUGAUUGCUAAGUUAUUAAAUGUAGAUAAAAAAGAAAUUCAUGAUAAAGAUAAAAUUGCAAAAGUGUUAAAAGGAGAAAACGGAAUUUGGAUGACUGUUGCAGGCAAAAAUAAAAAAGAAAU